GAGUGUAUUUUAUUUAUGAAAAAUGCCUGCCUGAGACACCAGUGGGUCUAUGAUUUUACUUCAUCAAAUCAUGCCAUCAUUUCGACUUUUCGAACAUAAAUAGGAAUAUAACAUUUGUACAGCAAGAUUAUUUUAUUUUAAAAUGCUGCCAAAUGCAUCAGGUGUGGCCGACGCCGAUGAACUUCAAGAAACGAACACCACCCAGUUUAACGUUGUUGGAGAUUUGGCUAAUUUUAUAGCUCUAUGUGCCUUGUUUACCUACGGGUUUCGUCUAAUGGGACGCCACUACUUCAAGCCACUCUUCUUCCGCCAACUUGCCAGCAUCUUCCAGCUGGCCCGGAUACUACUGGACCUGAGUGUUAUGUUGCCCUUGAUAGUUCAUUGGCAAGCCAUGUACAUCCUCCCAGAUGUUAUCGGCCCUGAUUCUUCUAUUUGCGCGGCCGCUCUGAUGGUUUUCAACAUCUUCCUGGCAUGGGUGGUCCAGCGUUUGUGUGAUCUAAUCAUGGACAAGCUAAUGUCGCCACUGGCUGGAUAUUUUUCAGAUCUAUAA